AUGACUGCAUCUGUGUUCUUCGGGUGUACAUUCAUCGCUUUCGGCCCUGCCAUUGCACUGUUCUUGUUUACUAUUGCCAGGGACCCACUCCGAGUGAUAUUUCUUAUCGCCGGGUAAGUAGCUGGCGUAACGUUAACUAAAAAAAAAGGGUUCGCUUGCUAUCUAUCUAGAUUUGGAUGGAGGAUAGCCAUCUAGCAAACAGCAGUUAGCCAUAUGCUAACCGAUAACUAGCUAGCCCAAAGGCUAAUGCUAAUUCACAAACAAAACCUCUUGCUUAUUGGUCACACAUUUUUCGGACUUGUGGUUUUACUGUAUUAUAAUUAUUUACUCUGUUAAGUAUCUGCAAAUGUUAAACACAAACCACUGUUAGCUGGAGAGCUACUCGUCGUGCAAGGUUUUGUUCCAGCCCAACACUAAACCUAAAUAGUCGCACAUGCGCGACUACAGUUUUUCUUUUACAUUUUGUGGAGCACCCCGUAGAAUGUUUUAUUUCACAGUACAGUAAUUCCUUUAUGUACUAAUGAGCCCAGGCCAGAUAAUUAGCCAGAUAACGUAAUACAUACAUACAUAGCACGGUAUCCCUGUCAUACACAUUGUACACUUCUCAUAUAGCCACAUACAUAAUGAGUGUGUAUUGACCAGUGUCUAUUUUGUAUACAGCAGUACUAUGUGUCUAAGACAUCCCCCUUUGGAGACAAGUUCCUCCUAUCCUAAACUCUGUCCAUUUUAGUGUGUGUGUGUGUGAUGAUCCUGAUUUAUUUAAGUGUUUCUAUACUUAGUGUGAAACUUGUGUGGUUUUUUUUCUCUCUCUCUCUCCCAGGGCGUUCUUCUGGUUGUGUUCUCUGCUGCUGUCUUCACUAGUGUGGUUCAUCACAGUUCAGAUCAGCGACAAAGAGAGUGCCUCCCAGCAGAAAGGACUGCUCAUAUUCGGGGUGGUGCUCUCUGUGCUGCUGCAGGAGACGUUCCGCUUUGGCUACUAUAAGCUGCUGAAGUAAGUAGCAGACCUGGGCUCAAAUACUAUUAGACAUUAUUCAAAUACGUGGAACAUUUUCUUUAGCCUAUUUGGAGUGCUAGAUCAAGGUCAGCGAUGGCAGUUUUUUAAGGUAAUCUGUUGGUCAAAGUAAGCCCUGCAAGUUCAAUCAACCCCAGAUAAAUCUAUUUGUAAGUCGCUCUGGAUAAGAGCGUCUGCUAAAUGACGUAAAUGUAAAUAAAGUUUUUGAAAUGAUUUCAAAUAGUAUUUAAACCCAGGUGUGGUGAGUAGUAACCCUAUCCCAUGGCCUGCUCAGCCUGCUGCUCUGCAUUCUGGUCUUGUAUCUCUCAGGGCUUUUCCAGACUGCAGCAGAGAGGAAGUACAUUGUUGAGAGGAAUAUCAGCGCCUUCGGAAAGUAUUCACAACCCUUGACUUUUUCCACAUUUUGUUGUUACAGCCUGAAUUUCAAAAUGGAUACAAUUUAGAUUGUGGAUUUAUGCCCACUCAUCACGAACGCACACACUGUCUGAUCAGCCGUUAUGGCCCUAUAUUAAAAUAGCGCAUUCCAUUUCCCUUAUGCAUUCUGCCAUUUCUUUCUAGAAACAUUAUACUGCACGACUAUAUUCUUCUAUAGCUCCUGUGUUAGCAGGAGAAAAUCACUUCCACACAUAAUGGGGGUUAUUUUCCUGUCUCUAGCCGACCAGAGUGAAACGUUGUUUUGGGUGCACAGAAUCAUCGUAACACUCACGAGUUAGAGAGACUCUGUUUGUUUCAUUCUGUUAAUGCUUUCCUUUGCUCAUACUUCCCACGUUGUGUUGGAACUCCUGUCUACUUCCCACGUUGUGUUGGAGCUCUUGUCUACUUCCCACGUUGUGUUGGAACUCCUGUCUACUUCCCACGUUGUGUUGGAGCUCCUGUCUACUUCCCACGUUGUGUUGGAGCUCCUGUCUACUUCCCACGUUGUGUUGGAGCUCCUGUCUACUUCCCACGUUGUGUUGGAGCUCCUGUCUACUUCCCACGUUGUGUUGGAGCUCCUGUCUUGUCUGUGUCAUUUGAGUUGUGCGGCGGGAGUGUGCUCGCCGUUGCACACCGCUAUAUGUUACUGAGUUGCCGUCAUUCGCCGGUUACGUUCAUGUAAGAAUUCAUGAUUGAUGUUUUAACGUGUUCUCAAUUUAAAGCGUACAUGGAAGUGGUCACGUCUGUUUUUAGACGGGAUGUAGUAACGGGGGUAAUUAUGAGGAAGCCAGUUACAUUUAUAUUACCAGUUAUGUGCUUACUUGUCAUUGGACAUGGGUAUGUCCCAGGGAGGGGCUUAGAGGAUAUAAGCGGCUGUUUUGGGGUUUCUGGGUAGAUUGGGUUUGGUGAUAGAGUGGGGGGGGGGGGCUGCCUGAGCCAGCUACACCCCCAACCUGUAAGAGCUCUGGAAGCUAUGGCCUGUUUGUUUAGUUUGAGAAGUAACUCUAUUGUCUACCUGUUUAUCUUGGAAAUAUUCAUAGCUGUCUAUCACCUUUGAACACAGGAAAUUAAAUAUGGACACCUUUGCACCACAACGUUCUGCAUCCUUCUGAAUAUCUGCCCUUAAGACGGCAUCUCCACAUUACCCAUGUCACAGGCCUACACACAAUACCUCAUCAUUUCAUAGGAAUUAGGUUUUUCAUUUUUUUUGUUUACAAAAUUAAUUAAAAAUGAAAAGCUGAAAUGUCUUGAGUCAAUAAGUAUUCAACCCCUUUGUUAUGGCAAGCCUAAAUAAUUUCAGGAGUAAAACAUGUGGUCAACAAGUCACGUAAUAAGUUGCAUGGACUCACUCUGUGUGCAAUAAUAGUGUUUAAGAUUAUUUUUGAAUGAAUACCUCAUCUUUGUACCCCACAUAUACAAUUAUCUUUAAGGUCCCUCAGUCGAGCAGUGAAUUUCAAACACAGAUUCAACCACAAAGACAAGGGAGGUUUUCCAAAACCUCGCAAAGAAGGGCACCUAUUGGUAGAUGGGUAAAAAAACAAACAGACAUUGAAUAUCACUUUGAGCAUGGUGAAGUUAUUAAUUACACUUUGGAUGUACACCCAGUCACUACGAAGACACAGGCGUCAUUCCUAACUCAGUUGCCAGAGAGGAAGGAAACCGCUCAGGGAUUUCACCAUGAGGCCAAUGGUGACUUUAAAACAGUUACUGAGUUUAAUGGCUGUUAUAGGGUUAAACUGAGGAUGGAUCAACAACAUUGUAGUUACUCCACAAUACUAACCUAAAUGACAGAGUGAAAAGAAGGAAGUCUGUACCGAAUAAAACAUAUUCCAAAACAUGCAUCCUGUUUACAACAAGGCACUAAAGUAAAACUGCAAAACAUUUGGCAAAGCGCUGAACUGUUUGUCCUGAAUACAAAGGGUUAUGUUUGGGGCAAAUACAACACAUUACUGAGUACCACUCUCCAUAUUUUCAAGCAUAGGGGUGGCUACACCAGAUACUGACUGUUACUAUUGAUUUUGACCCCCCCCCCCCUUUGUUCAGGGACACAUUAUUCCAUUUCUGUUAGUCACAUGUCUGUGGAACUUGUUAAGUUUAUGUCUCAGUUGUUGAAUCUUAUGUUCAUAGAAAUAUUUACACAUGUUAAGUUUGCUGAAAAUAAAUGCAGUUGACAGUGAGAGGACGUUUCUUUUUUUGCUGAGUUUAUAUUUGAUGAUACUGUAGUUUGAUUGUAGUGCAAUUUCUUUGUCUUACAGGAAGGCAAACGAAGGCUUGCUCACGCUGAGUGCAGAGGAAACCAUGCCGAUCUCCAUACGGCAACUGGCCUAUGGUAUGUGGAGGAAGAUGACCUCAAAAUUGUGCAUAACAUUAUGAAUAGAAGCAGAUGGAAGAUAUUAGAGAUUAUGAAUAGAGAAUAGAAGCAGAUGGAAUAUCUUAGAGAUUAUGAAUAAGGAAUAGAAGCAGAUGGAAGAUAUUAGAGAUGAUGAAUAAGGAAUAGAAGCAGAUGGAAGAUAUUAGAGAUUAUGAAGAGAGAAUAGAAGCAGAUGGAAUAUAUUAGAGAUGAUGAAUAAGGAAUAGAAGCAGAUGGAAUAUAUUAGAGAUUAUGAAUAAGGAAUAGAAGCAGAUGGAAGAUAUUAGAGAUGAUGAAUAAGGAAUAGAAGCAGAUGGAAGAUAUUAGAGAUUAUGAAGAGAGAAUAGAAGCAGAUGGAAUAUAUUAGAGAUGAUGAAUAAGGAAUAGAAGCAGAUGGAAUAUAUUAGAGAUUAUGAAUAAGGAAUAGAAGCAGAUGGAAGAUAUUAGAGAUGAUGAAUAAGGAAUAGAAGCAGAUGGAAGAUAUUAGAGAUUAUGAAGAGAGAAUAGAAGCAGAUGGAAGAUAUUAGAGAUGAUGAAUAAGGAAUAGAAGCAGAUGGAAGAUAUUAGAGAUGAUGAAUAAGGAAUAGAAGCAGGUGGAAGAUAUUAGAGAUUAUGAAUAAGGAAUAGAAGCAGAUGGAAGAUAUUAGAGAUUAUGAAUAAGGAAUAGAAGCAGAUGGAAGAUAUUAGAGAUUAUGAAUAAGGAAUAGAAGCAGAUGGAAGAUAUUAGAGAUUAUGAAUAAGGAAUAGAAGCAGAUGGAAUAUAUUAGAGAUUAUGAAUAAGGAAUAGAAGCAGAUGGAAGAUAUUAGAGAUUAUGAAUAAGGAAUAGAAGCAGAUGGAAGAUAUUAGAGAUUAUGAAUAAGGAAUAGAAGCAGAUGGAAGACAUUAGAGAUUAUGAAUAAGGAAUAGAAGCAGAUGGAAGAUAUUAGAGAUUAUGAAUAAGGAAUAGACGCAGAUGGAAGAUAUUAGAGAUUAUGAAUAAGGAAUAGAUGCAGGUGGAAGACAUUAGAGAUUAUGAAUAAGGAAUAGAAGCAGAUGGAAGAUAUUAGAGAUUAUGAAUAGAGAAUAGAAGCAGAUGGAAGAUAUUAGAGAUUAUGAAUAAGCAAUAGUAGCAGAUGGAAGUUAUUAGAUUUGAGGCAGAGUUUUGUAGGCCUAUACUUUUCCCUCUGUAGUAGUAGUUAGUUAUCAUGUUUCAUAUUACAUUACAAUAAAACCCUCAGAUGUUAUUUUAGACCAUAGUGCCAUUACAUCUUUCUCUAUUAUUGUCUGUUUCCCCCAGUGUCUGAUAGUGUCUCUGUUAUUGUCUGUUUCCCCCAGUGUCUAAUAGUGUCUCUGUUAUUGUCGGUUUCCCCCAGUGUCUAAUAGUGUCUCUGUUAUUGUCUGUUUCCCCAGUGUCUAAUAGUGUCUCUGUUAUUGUCUGUUUCCCCCAGUGUCUUAAUAGUGUCUCUGUUAUUGUCUGUUUCCCCCAGUGUCUGAUAGUGUCUCUGUUAUUGUCUGUUUCCCCCAGUGUCUGAUAGUGUCUCUGUUAUUGUCUGUUUCCCCCAGUGUCUGAUAGUGUCUCUGUUAUUGUCUGUUUCCCCAGUGUCUGAUAGUGUCUCUGUUAUUGUCUGUUUCCCCCAGUGUCUGAUAGUGUCUCUGUUAUUGUCUGUUUCCCCCAGUGUCUGAUAGUGUCUUGUUAUUGUUGUUUCCCCAGUGUCUGAUAGUGUCUCUGUUAUUGUCUGUUUCCCCCAGUGUCUAAUAGUGUCUCUGUUAUAGUCUGUUUCCCCCAGUGUCUGAUAGUGUCUCUGUUAUUGUCUGUUUCCCCCAGUGUCUGAUAGUGUCUCUGUUAUUGUCUGUUUCCCCCAGUGUCUGAUAGUGUCUCUGUUAUUGUCUGUUUCCCCCAGUGUCUAAUAGUGUCUCUGUUAUUGUCUGUUUCCCCCAGUGUCUGAUAGUGUCUCUGUUAUUGUCUGUUUCCCCCAGUGUCUGAUAGUGUCUCUGUUAUUGUCUGUUUCCCCAGUGUCCAAUAGUGUCUCUGUUAUUGUCUGUUUCCCCCAGUGUCUGAUAGUGUCUCUGUUAUUGUCUGUUUCCCCCAGUGUCUAAUAGUGUCUCUGUUAUGUCUGUUUCCCCAGUGUCUAAUAGUGUCUCUGUUAUUGUCUGUUUCCCCCAGUGUCUGAUAGUCUCUGUUAUUGUCUGUUUCCCCAGUGUCUGAUAGUGUCUCUGUUAUUGUCUGUUUUCCCCCAGUGUCUGAUAGUGUCUCUGUUAUUGUCUGUUUCCCCAGUGUCUAAUAGUGUCUCUGUUAUUGUCUGUUUCCCCCAGUGUCUGAUAGUGUCUCUGUUAUUGUCUGUUUCCCCCAGUGUCUAAUAGUGUCUCUGUUAUUGUCUGUUUCCCCCAGUGUCUGAUAGUGUCUCUGUUAUUGUCUGUUUCCCCCAGUGUCUGAUAGUGUCUCUGUUAUUGUCUGUUUCCCCCAGUGUCUGAUAGUGUCUCUGUUAUUGUCUGUUUCCCCAGUGUCUAAUAGUGUCUCUGUUAUUGUCUGUUUCCCCAGUGUCUGAUAGUGUCUCUGCUGUCUGUUCCCCCAGUGUCUGAUCAAGUGUCUCAGUUGUCCAUUUGUUUGUUCCCCAGUGUCUGGGCUGGGGUUCGGCUUCAUGAGUGGAGCGUUUUCAAUGGUCAAUAUCCUGGCCGACUCUAUUGGCCCCGGCACCAUUGGUAUCCAUGGAGACUCCCAGCACUACUUCCUGUCCUCAGGUACUGUAUGAGGCUGCCGUGUUUUAGAACGUACUCGAUAGCCUGAAACCUCACUAACGUUCCUGACAGUAGUCAUUUUUGGGAUGGACCUGAGGCUAACUCUCUGUCUCCCUAUAGCCUUCAUGACCAUGGCCGUCAUCCUGCUCCACAUGUUCUGGGGGGUGGUGUUCUUUGAUUCCUGUGAGAAACAACACUGGUGGUCCCUGGCUGUGGUCGUCAUCAGCCACCUGCUCGUCUCCUGUCUGGUAAGUCAGAAAAGAGACAGAAAGAUGGAAAGAAAGGAUGGAUGGAUAGAUACAGUGAGGGGAAAAAAGUAUUUGAUCCCCUGCUGAUUUUGUACGUUUGCCCACUGACAAAGAAAUGAUCAGUUUAUAAUUUUAAUGGUAGGUUUAUUUGAACAGUUAGAGACAGUAUAACAACAACAAAAUCCAGAAAAACACAUGUUAUAAAUUAUUUGCAUUUUAAUGAUGGAAAUAAGUAUUUGACCCCCUCUCAAUCAGAAAGAUUUCUGGCUCCCAGGUGUCUUUUAUACAGGUAACGAGCUGAGAUUAGGAGCACACUCUUAAAGGGAGUGCUCCUAAUCUCAAUUUGUUACCUGUAUAAAAGAUACCUGUCCACAGAAGCAAUCAAUCAAUCAGAUUCCAAACUCUCCACCAUGGCCAAGACCAAAGAGCUCUCCAAGGAUGGCAGGGACAAGAUUGUAGACCUACACAAGGCUGGAAUGGGCUACAAGACCAUCGCCAAGCAGCUUGGUGAGAAGGUGACAACAGUUGGUGCGAUUAUUCGCAAAUUGAAGAAACACAAAAUAACUGUCAAUCUCCCUCGGCCUGGGGCUCCAUUGGUAACACACUACGCCGUGAAGGACUGAAAUCCUGCAGCGCCUGCAAGGUCCCCCUGCUCAAGAAAGCACAUAUACAUGCCCGUCUGAAGUUUGCCAAUGAACAUUUGAAUGAUUCAGAGGAGAACUGGGUGAAAGUGUUGUGGUCAGAUGAGACCAAAAUGGAGCUUUUUGGCAUCAACUCAACUCGCCGUGUUUGGAGGAGGAGGAUUGCUGCCUAUGACCCCAAGAACACCAUCCCCACCGUCAAACAUGGAGGUGGAAACAUUAUGCUUUGGGGGUGUUUUUCUGCUAAGGGGACAGGACAACUUCACCGCAUCAAAGGGAUGAUGGACGGGGCCAUGUACCGUCAAAUCUUGGGUGAGAACCUCCUUCCCUCAGCCAGGGCAUUGAAAAUGGGUCGUGGAUGGGUAUUCCAGCAUGACAAUGACCCAAAACACACGGCCAAGGCAACAAAGGAGUGGCUCAAGAAGAAGCACAUUAAGGUCCUGGAGUGGCCUAGCCAGUCUCCAGACCUGAAUCCCAUAGAAAAUCUGUGGAGGGAGCUGAGGGUUCGAGUUGCCAAACGUCAGCCUUGAAACCUUAAUGACUUGGAGAAAAUCUGCAAAGAGGAGUGGGACAAAAUCCCUCCUGAGAUGUGUGCAAACCUGGUGGCCAACUACAAGAAACGUCUGACCUCUGAUUGCCAACAAGGGUUUUGCCACCAAGUACUAAGUCAUGUUUUGCAGAGGGGUCAAAUACUUAUUUCCCUCAUUAAAAUGCAAAUCAAUUUAUAACAUUUUUGACAUGCGUUUUUCUGGAUUUUUUUGUUGUUAUUCUGUCUCUCACUGUUCAAAUAAACCUACCAUUAAAAGUAUAGACUGAUCAUUUCUUUUUCAGUGGGCAAACGUACAAAAUCAGCAGGGGAUCAAAUACUUUUUUCCCUCACUGUAGAUAGAUAGAUGGAUGGAUAAAUGUGUUCAUGCAAUAGGUGGACUUGACUGAUGGGUUGAUAAGUAAAUGUGUGUUGGGAGUAUCUUCCAGUACUACAGCAUAGUACUUACUUAGUAACGUCUUCUUCCCCAUUAGGACAUAAUGCCACAAAGGUUCCUCCACUGAUUCCUGUCCUUCACCGCAGCACUUCAAAUGGGACAAAACAUGUCCCCAAAGAUCCAUAAUAACCCAGCCUUUGUUGUCAUGUCUCUCCCCAGACGUUCUAGAACCCUCAGUAUGAAUGACCCCAAAGAUCCAUAAUAACUCAGCCUUUGUUGUCAUGUCUCUCCCCAGACGUUCUAGAACCCUCAUUAUGAAUGACCCUAAAGAUCCAUAAUAACCCAGCCUUUGUUGUCAUGUCUCUCCCCAGACGUUCUAGAACCCUCAGUAUGAAUGACCCCAAAGAUCCAUAAUAACCCAGCCUUUGUUGUCAUGUCUCUCCCCAGACGUUCUAGAACCCUCAGUAUGAAUGACCCCAAAGAUCCAUAAUAACUCAGCCUUUGUUGUCAUGUCUCUCCCCAGACGUUCUAGAACCCUCAUUAUGAAUGACCCUAAAGAUCCAUAAUAACUCAGCCUUUGUUGUCAUGUCUCUCCCCAGACGUUCUAGAACCCUCAUUAUGAAUGACCCUAAAGAUCCAUAAUAACCCAGCCUUUGUUGUCAUGUCUCUCCCCAGACGUUCUAGAACCCUCAGUAUGAAUGACCCCAAAGAUCCAUAAUAACUCAGCCUUUUGUUGUCAUGUCUCUCCCCAGACGUUCUAGAACCCUCAUUAUGAAUGACCCUAAAGAUCCAUAAUAACUCAGCCUUUGUCUGCCAUUUGUCUCCCAGAGGUUCCUGAACCAGAACCCUCAGUAUGAAUUUCCCCAGAGAUCCAUAAUAACUCAUCACCCUUUGUUAUUUCUCUCCUAGACAUUCCAGAACCCUCAGUACGUGGGCAGCCUGGUUCCCACCUACAUAAUCAUGUUCCUCAUGGGUCUCUGGGCGUUCUUCUGCGCCGGGGGAUCUCUCCGGAACCUUAAACUCUGCCUCACCUGCAAAGACAAGGACUUCCUGUUGGCCAACCACCGGCCCAGAUAA